AUGGACCAUCGAAUGAAACUCUCACUGGCAUCUUGAAACAAGCAAAGCCAUGGCAGCUCAACGCGGCUGCAUCACUCUACAAGUUGUACUAUUUCUGAUCAUUUGCUCAUCAUUUGCAAGCACAGGGUUUGGAGCAACAAACGACACUUCGCUCAAUCUCACCCGCACCAGCUUCCCCAAAGGCUUUGUAUUCGGAGCUUCCUCGUCUGCUUAUCAAUAUGAAGGCGCUGCGUCUGAAGAUGGGAGAGCACCAAGUAUAUGGGACACUUACGCCCACCAAUUUCCAGAGAGAACCGCUGACCGCAGCAACGGUGACGUGGCGGUCGACUUCUAUCAUCGGUACAAGGAGGAUGUGAAGUUGCUAAAGGAUAUCGGAUUCGAUGCUUUCAAAAUAUCCAUUUCUUGGUCGCGAGUAUUACCUCGUGGAAAGUUAAGUGGGGGAGUGAACCAGAAAGGAAUCGACUUUUACAACAAUGUCAUCAAUGAGCUUCUUGCAAAUGGUAUAACCCCUUUUGUGACCAUAUUUCACUGGGACGUUCCCCAAGCCUUAGAGGAUGAGUACUUAGGGUUUCUAAGUCCUCGCAUUGUUGAUGAUUAUAAAGAUUUUGCGAAGCUUUGCUUCAAGGAGUUUGGGGAUCGUGUUAAGCAUUGGGCGACACUUAAUGAGCCGUAUGUAUUCGCCCUUGUUGGCUAUGAUGGAAGCCCCAAUGGCAACGCAGCCCCUAGGAGAUGCUCCAACAGGGCUAUCUGUGCAGAAGGGGAUUCAACAACUGAACCUUAUAUCGUCGGUCAUAAUCUACUUCUUGCCCACGCAACAGCUGUCAAACUAUAUAGGGAGAAAUAUCAGGCAAUUCAAAAGGAAGACAUAGGAAUUGUACUAGUAAGUAAUUGGUUUGUACCAUAUUCAAGCAGCAGACUCGACGUUAGAGCAGCACAACGAGCUCUCGAUUUUAUGUAUGGAUGGUUUAUGCACCCUAUAGUUUAUGGGGAUUAUCCAACAAUCAUGAGAUCCAUUGUGAGAGAUCGAUUGCCAAAAUUCACAAAGGAGGAGGAGACAUUGGUCAAAGGAUCCUUUGAUUAUGUGGGAAUUAAUUAUUUUAAGGCGAAUUUUGUAAAACACGUUGUCUAUAGUGGAAACGGUAGCAGCAUAAAUGCUAGCAGCUCAACGAAUAAUAGGGCCAGUCUUUCAACUCAAGCCAAUGGUCUAAACAUCGGCACACCUACUGCAGUGAGCUAUUUCGAUGAUUAUCCGAAAGGACUUCAUGAUCUUCUGGUCUACACCAAGGAGAGAUACAAGAAUCCAACCAUUUAUAUAACAGAAACUGGUAUGAAGGACGGUAAUAACGUUAUCGAAGUUGCUAUUAAUGACAACGGAAGGAUUAACUUCUACAAUGGUCAUAUUCGGGCGACUCACCGAGCCAUCAAACAAGGUGUAAAAGUAAAAGGUUUCUUUGCAUGGUAAUUUUUGGAUAACUUUGAAUGGGGAUCAGGUUACACUCAACGAUUUGGGAUUACCUAUAUUGAUUACAUGAAUGGACUUACAAGAAUUCCCAAAAAGUCAGCUACUUGGUUCAAAAAUUUCUUGAAUGCAAUAAGAUCAGAGUGUAGUUGCUAUCGAUCGACUAGUAACUUUUAGGGAAUGUUUGGUUUGUGUGAUUGGCAUGUGUAUAUUUUGUAAGUGUUUGAUUUGUGCUAUAUCCGAUCAUCUAUUGUAUUCCAAGCAUGUUAAUAAGUAAAUUGAAGAUAUGUUAAUCCCUGUUUUUAUUUGUCUGUGAGAAAUAUGUUGGAGAACGUGAAUGAUAAAUUGAAAAAGUAAAUUUAAUUAAUAAGUUUAUUUUUAUUAGAAUAAAUUAUAACAAGUGAUUGGUUAUGAUGUACGAUAUGAGAAACUCUUGACAAAUGAAUGAUGGUUGAUAACCAUCAAUUAUCAGCCAACCAUGUGUGACCAACCAAAUAGGUGUCUAGCAUUGAUGUAGUAUUUUAUUUGAUUGAAAUGAUGUGUCUAUUCUGGUGAAACCGUAUGUCCUCUGGGUGAUGCGUUUAUUUUGAGAAAAGUCAUAACCUUUUCCAAGCAUCUUUUUCAAUUGGAUAUGUCUAUUCAAUGAUAGAUUUCCAACUUCUAUAAAUA